GUUUUUUUGUUUUUAUUUUUAUUAAAAAAACGUUUUUAAUUGCUGUUGUUAUACGUUUGAUAAGUUUACUAUGUCGGAUUUAAACAAUGUGACUGGAUCAAAUAUUUGUAUACAAAAUAUCAUUGGAACUAAUUCAUAUACAAAUGAAUCAGCUAAAGAAUGGGCUAGAACUAUUGUAGAUAAUUGUAGAAGUGAUUUAGUGAAAUUGGGCAAGCCAUUUAAAUAUAUUGUCAAUUGUACUAUAACUCAAAAACCAGGAUCAGGAGUUUACAGUGCUUCGUCAUGUUAUUGGGAUACAGGAAAAGAUGGCAAUUGUAAGGUGAAAUGGGAAAACAAUCACGUUUAUUGUAUUGUCGUAGCGUUUGCAAUUUCUCUGUAAUCAGGUAUAAUAAACAAGAUGAUACAACCAAUAUAGUAAUAUCAAAUGUUUGAAUUUACAGAUGAGAACAUUUUAAUUAUUUUAAGUUAUACAUCUGCAUAUGUAUAUGCAUGACAUAUAAAGUGAUUCUAUUAAUUGAACCUUAUUUUUUCACUGUCUUCAGAACUUCUUGUUAUAGAUGGCAACGAUUUUAAUAAAAUUAUUUUUUACUA